AUGGGUGGAGCUCAGCCGGUUCUCCACUUGGCAGUAGCAGCGUGCCUCGUUACGUGGGCGCCGCCAAAUUUGACGCAGUGCCACCCGCUCGCGACCUCCUCCAGCCACGCCACCGUGCCCCGCCAAUUCUGGCUCGUGGGCUCUCGAUACAACUCCAGGUAUCCCCCGGCAUCUUCCAACUCAUCCUUCUCGUCGUCGUCGUCAUCUUCUGCUGCUCUGGGACUCUCGGGUGACGGGCGAGGCUUCUCGGCGGGCGGCUCGGAGCGGGCCCUGGAGCGGCUGGAGCGGCGGGGCCCGCACGGCUACCUGGCGGGGAUCAAGCGGGUCCGCCGCCUCUACUGCAACGUGGGCAUCGGCUACCACCUGCAGGUGCUGCCCGACGGGCACGUCGGCGGCGUGCACAGCGAGAGCCCCUACAGUCUCCUGGAGAUCUCCACCGUGCAGCGAGGGGUCGUCAGCAUUUUCGGCAUCAAAAGCGGCCUCUUCCUCGCCAUGAGCAGCAGAGGGAAUCUGUACGCAACGCCGUACUUUGCCGACGAGUGCAAGUUCGGCGAGACGCUGCUGCCAAACAACUACAACGCGUACGAGUCGAGCGCGCACGCGGGCACGUUCGUGGCGCUCGGCAAGCGUGGCCGCGCGAGGAACGGCGGGCGAGUCACCGCGCGCAUGACCGCCACGCACUUUCUGCCCAGGCUGUGAGCCAAGCGGAAGGUUCGCGAUCUAAAACCCCCCACACACCCUCGCCCCCCCCCUCC